CGCGCUGUGGAAAACAUGCGGCUCGGGGGACCCCCCCGCAGCGCCCGCUCGGGGCAGAGACCUGAGAGGGCCCGGGGUUGUCGAGGCCAUGUGCAGUUUGGCAAGUGCCCCCAGAGGCCGCUAAGCCGCACCAGAUGCCCCUCUCCCAAGCCCUCCGUGUCGCCGGCGGUUCGCGGCUACGCUCGGCAGAGGCGCCGCGAAUCUCCCAAGCGCAUCUGGACGGCAGCCCUGCUCCCUUACGGGGGCUGCUUCAGGGCGAGCCGUCAGCGCUCCUCGGAAGGCCGAUGCCCCACCUCUUACAGCCCCGCCGCGGCUCCGGCCGCGAAGAGCCACGCCCCCCCAGACCCCAAACCCCCAGUGGCCCGAGAGUCAGGCACCGGGGGCGGUUCCUGGCGAGAGAAGGCGGACGCUUAUGAGAAGGUGCUUCCGGGUCAGAGAGUGUGCAAGAUGGCGGCGCCCAUGGAGCUAUUCUGCUGGUCAGGGGGCUGGGGAUUGCCGUCGGUGGACCUGGAUAGUCUGGCCGUGCUGACCUAUACCAGAUUUACAGGUGCUCCGCUGACGGUACACAAGAUCAGCAAUCCCUGGCAGAGCCCUUCAGGAACUCUGCCUGCUCUUCGAACCAGUAAUGGGAAAGUCAUCACAGCACCACACAAGAUCAUCACCCAUCUUCGGAAAGAGAAGUAUAACGCCGACUAUGACCUGUCAGCUCGGCAAGGAGCAGAUACCCUAGCCUUCAUGUCUCUGCUGGAGGAGAAGCUACUCCCUGUGCUGAUCCAUACUUUUUGGAUAGAUGCCAAGAACUAUGUGGAAGUGACCCGAAAGUGGUAUGCAGAGGCUAUGCCCUUUCCCCUCAACUUCUUCCUGCCUGGCCGCAUGCAGCGCCAGUACAUGGAGCGGCUGCAGCUGCUGUGUGGCGAGCACAAAUCAGAGAGCGAGGAGGAACUGGAAAAAGAGCUGUAUCAAGAGGCUCGGGAGUGCCUAACCCUUCUCUCUCAGCGUCUGGGCUCUCAGAAGUUCUUCUUUGGAGAUGCCCCUGCCUCCCUGGACGCUUUCGUUUUCAGCCAUCUGGUCCUGCUGCUGCAGGCAAAGUUGCCCAGCGGGAAGCUGCAGGCCCACCUGCGGGGGCUACACAACCUCUGUGUCUACUGCACCCACAUCCUCAACCUCUACUUUCCCCGGGAUGGAGCUGAGGUGCCACCUCCACGCCAGACACCAGCAGGCCCUGAGACCGAGGAGGAGCCAUACCGGCGCCGGACCCAGAUUCUGUCUGUGCUGGCAGGGCUGGCAGCCAUGGUGGGCUAUGCCCUGCUCAGUGGCAUUGUGUCUAUCCAGCGGACAAGCCCUGCUCGGGCCCCGGGCCCCCGGGCCUUGGGCCUGGCUGAGGAGGAGGAGGAGGACUGAGGCGCUCCUGUCCUAGGACUGAUUUUCUACUCGUGCAUUCCAGGUGUCCCUCGUCUCCCCACGCUUGGAGCAGCCAAAAGUGGGGCGCUGUCCUCAGAAUAAAAUUGUUUACACUAA